UUUCAUCUCAGGAUGGUGACGACUCCCUGUAGCCCACUACCACUACCGCCCCCUCCUCCUCAUCCUCCCGGUAAAGUGAUAUCACACGGUGUACAGCUGACACUGCCGCUCCCCCUCGCCGCUCUUCCCACCCCGCCCCACCGGGACAGGCGGCAGCGGGUGCUAAACCGCCCCCUGGGAGCCGCGCUGAGGACGCAGCCAUGCCGAGCGAUGACACUCAGCAGCCGGACUGCCGCCUCGUCUCCAUCUGCAUCUCCAGCGCUUCACAGAGGAGGAUGCCAUGAGAUUUCCCACAGGCCCUCACUGGCACCUGGCUGGGGCUUUGCAGCACAGUCGAGGAUGCUAUCCCCCAGAUGGUGACUUUCGCAGGAGUUCCAGCGAGAGGAGGUUUUGAGAGUAACACUCCACAGGCCUGUCAUGGUUUCCUACCUUUUCACACUAAUCCAUCUCUGCAUCUCCUGCUGUCUUCUAAUGCAAUAUAGAAACCUUUGUUGGACGGUUUGAUGGAGAGCUGGUCGAAUGUCAGCGGGAACUAUUGUUAUAACCGGAGGAAUUCUCGCCGGAGUGAUACUGCUGUGCAUCGUAGCAGUGCUCUGUUACUGUAGACUCCAGUAUUACUGCUGUAAGAAGAAUGAUUCUGAGGUGGACAUGGGCUCCGUGGUGGGAGCGGACCCACUCUCUCACUUUCCCUGCAACGCUUGCAACGCCCUCGCCAUGGACGGUGCCGCCAUCACCCCCGUCUCUCUGGAUCAGCUGGACGCAGGUUCUCAUCACAACCUCUGCCCUACCUGCUCGCCAUACUCCCUCCGCUCUGGACUCACAGGCGACAUGCGUAACGGAGGGGAACGGCUGGGCUUCCAUACCUACUAUGAGAACCCGUCCGUGUCUCUUCCCCUGUCUGUCAACCCGCAGGUCUCCUCCCCUCUGAGUUACUACAGUCCCACGGACAUGUUUCCUCCCCCACCGCGUCCCUACAGCACCCAGGUCUGACCUCUGCUGCACCGUGAAGACAUGCACACAUAAAGAAAACUCUUACUUACACACAUCUGACAUUCACAUGCUCUUGCUUGGGACUCAAAUUAUUUUUUCAAUAUCUUCCUCCAGGUGGUGGAUUAUGAUACAGCACAAUUACACACACAUACCCACAUAACCACACAUGCCCACAUUCAUCCAGGGGGGAGCCAGCCCACUGAUAGAGCCUCUGUGUGGGCAACAAAUCCAUGGGCCAACCCCGGGAGAGCUGAAGACAGCAGCAUGAAACUGUGUUAGAUCAGCAGGGAAAUGGUAUAUAACUCUAGUGCAACCUCAAAUGUGGUCCUCUGUGACUGAAUCAUAAGUGAUCAGCCCUAAAUCCAGGCAUUCAAGCCACACUCGAAGGUGGUUCAGGACUGAUGGUAUAAAAAAAACAGUGUAACCAGCCACACAGAAAGACAGCCUAGUCAAUUUGUCAUGUUGGUAUUAGGUAUGCAAAUUUUAAGAAAUUCCCUUAAAUAAUCAGCCACAUUAAUGAUCAAUUACCAAAUAAUCAUUAUAAGGUUAUCAAGUAUGAAAUGCAUGAUUUUCCUCUGUGAAAGCUUAUUUUAAACCAUUUUUGCAGCACAACCCAAAUAUACUGUGUUAAGUAUUUGAAUCAUAUUAAAUAAAUAAACACAAGUAAAUUGUUUAAGUCAUGAAUUACAUAAAACUAAAUUAUGCCGUCACUAAAAUUUUCUGCCUCUGCUCUCGCUCCACAUGCUGUUAUUCACAGGCUGAACUCAAUUCAAAUACUGAAACACAGUUCUUCACAAAUUCCAGGCUUUUCUGUAGGCAAUAAAUUUAAAAACUUAAAAAAUAUAAAAUACUUUUUUUUUCAUCCACGAACGCCUAAUUAAAACAAUUAACACAGGAUGAUUUUGCACCUAAAUAAAUUUGAUAUUUGAAUCAUACAUUAAAUAAACACAAAUAAAUUGUUUAAAUCAAAUGUUUAAUGAAGCAAAAUAAUGCUAAUUCAUGUAAAUCUUUUGCUCCUGCUCUCACUUCACCUGUUAUUCACUUAUAGCCAAAAAAGUUUAAACAAUAAUUCAACAUAAAUUAUUUUAUUAAAUAUGCAGGGCAGGACACUUACAAACAAAGUAUAGCCCAUUCUGUUUUUACAGUGCUGUAAGCUACAAAUGCUUAUAUAUAUAUAUAAGUAUAAAAUGGGAGAAGUAACAGCUGACAGAUUUCUUGAUUAUUGGUUGAUCAUGAAGGAUUGUAAAACAUAGAUAGAUUUUAAAGUCUGUACCCAACACAGGUUCAGAACAGCCACGGAAAAUCCCCUUUUCUGGCUUUAUGGCCAAAGACAAAUCUAUAUUUUUCUCUCUUUACUUACAAUUGUAGUUUUCCACACACAGAUGAAAUACGAUCACUGCAGACACAUUGUAUGAAUAUAUUGGUUACAAGAUACAAAGUCUGAAAUGGACCACCUCCUCCAGCACCACUUUCGUUUCUGUUAUUCUCUCCCCCACCCCCUCUCCCUCCUGCUAGCGUUAACUGAAAGGGGUUGAAACGCUAGCCUGAAACCCCGCCAACCCCUCCCCCUCCAGGUUACUGUACAUGAGGGCUAACAGUUUUUCUAUUAGUGGUUGUUGUUCCCCCAACUAUAGAAACUGCAACACGGAUGUUAAGUGUUCCUGUUCAGAGAAAAGACUGUUGAGAAAAGAAGAAGAAAGAAGAAGUUUUUACGGCUUUUGGGAGUCUUGUGAGAAAAAAGUACAGUUGCUAUUACGGCAAACUAUUUGAGAGAGUUUCAGUCUGCAAGAAAAAAAAAAAAAACGUGGUGUGAAUUAUGUUUUGCUUGUAUUUUCACUCUUGGUAAAUGGUAAUGAAACCUCUGAAAGCCGAUGGGUUCUGAAAGUGUCUUCUAUAUAAGUUGAUGUAUUUAACUUUUUCAUGUUUACAGAAUGAGAUGGAUGAAAAGAAAGAAAAUCUUUAGACUUAGGAGGUGUUGUAGGCAGAAAUGAGAUACUAGGAUCAUGUACCGUAUUUUGUUGAUCUCAAAGCUUAAGUUUUUCUAUCUAUAAGCCAUUAUAUCUGCUACAGUAUAGUGACAAGAUGCAGUGUUAUUCCACAGUACUGUAUAUGCCUGAAUCUAUAUAUUUUUAAGGAGUGUUGUAGUUUUUGUGAGGGAUGUCAGGGUUUAAGUGUGUUUUAGUGAGUUUGUACCAAAUGUGAGUUUUCAAUGCUCUUCCAUCUUCAUAUUUCCUAACUUAUAAUACAGCAAAGGAACACAAUGUAAGAGCAUGAAAAUAGCACUUUUGGAACCGGAAAUUCACUUUAUAAUUGAGAUAAAAAUGUGAAACACACAAUGAUAUUGAGUGUUACAGAUCAAAGACUAUUAGUUCAAAGACAUAUAAAAGAUAUUUAGUCAUAUAUAUAUUCUAACACCAUGUUGUUUCCACUGAGCUGUGAGCUUCAUCUUCACAUCUCCUAACUUUCCUCACCUCACUUCCCCUUAUUGUUAAGAAGUAUGUGCUAAAUUAGAUAUGUAUAACUAAUUUUUUUUGUUAAUUCAGAUGUCCACAAAGCAUACAGUAGGUGUUCACUGCCACUUAGCUAAUAUACUCAACAGAUAUGGUCCCUAUAGUUUAGUUUUUGUAUCACCGGUUCUGUGACGACCAGUUUGUUGCACCACAAAGAGCACCAUCGCUGUAUCAGAACUGACCUAUGCCCCUUCUUAUUUUUAGGGUUUCCUUUUUCUUGUUCUGAUUGUUGAAAAUUGUAUUUUUUAGAUUUUUCUGUAUUGCAAUAGAAUACGUUUUGGUAUGCCCUGAUACAGUGUACUUUAAACAAAAGAGAAAAAUCCACCGUGUUUCACAAGCCUUUUUUUGAGGAGGAAUAAA